AUGUCGACAUCUAACUCGCUCCAGGGGACCAACAUCGUUGGCGUCCACUAUCGUGUUGGCAAGAAGAUCGGCGAGGGCAGCUUUGGCGUCAUCUUCGAGGGCACAGACCUACUUAAUUCUCAGGCGGUGGCUAUCAAAUUCGAACCGCGCAAAUCAGAUGCUCCUCAACUGCGUGAUGAGUAUCGUUCGUAUCGGAUUCUGGCCGGUUGCCCUGGUAUUCCCCAAAUAUACCACUUUGGCCAGGAGGGGCUCCAUAAUAUCCUCGUUAUAGACCUUCUUGGACCUAGUUUAGAGGACUUAUUCGAUAUGUGUGGUAGGAAAUUCAGCGUCAAGACCGUAUGCAUGACGGCCAAGCAAAUGCUCCAUAGAGUGCAAACCAUUCAUGAAAAGAACCUUAUUUAUCGUGAUAUCAAGCCUGAUAACUUCCUCAUCGGACGACCCGGUACAAAGACUGCCUCGAUGGUACAUGUGGUCGAUUUCGGCAUGGCCAAACAAUACAGGGACCCGAAGACCAAACAACACAUUCCUUAUCGUGAGCGAAAGAGUUUGAGUGGCACGGCACGCUACAUGAGUAUCAAUACGCAUUUGGGACGAGAGCAAUCUCGACGGGACGAUCUUGAAUCAUUAGGCCAUGUGUUCAUGUAUUUUUUGCGUGGUGGUUUGCCGUGGCAAGGGUUAAAAGCUGCCACCAACAAGCAAAAGUACGAAAAGAUUGGAGAGAAGAAGCAAACCACACCCAUCAAGGAGUUGUGUGAAGGGUUUCCAGAGGAAUUCAGUAUUUAUCUAAACUAUGUUAGACGAUUAGGAUUUGAGGAAAAUCCUGACUAUGACUUCUUGCGCGAGCUCUUUACCAAGGUACUCAAGAACGCAGGCGAAACCGAAGAUGGGGUUUACGAUUGGAUGUUACUCAACGGCGGGAAGGGCCUGGAGGCGACUCAAGGCGGGAACUACCAGCAGCCUUCUGCCCCUCGACGUGACACUCAGCGAAGAGCUUCUCAGCAACAGCUCGGCUCGCCCGUCGCUCCCUCCCCCGCCAUGGUGCGGCAUGGCUCUAAACAAGCCAACCGUCUCACUCCGGGGACCCCUGGUGGUGGCCCAGCUUCCGCAGCUGCUCAGAUCGGCGUGGCUGCUCCGACUCCUUCAAGACGCGCAUCCGCAUUGAACACCCCACAGCAUCCAUAUGCUAGCACUGCCAACGCCAUCCACACGGCAUCGGGGGAUUUCCGGGGGACCGACUCUGUCAUUAAUCCUAGCACUGCUGAUGCUAACGGUCAAGCUGGAGUUAUGACACCAGCUGCAUUGGACAACAUACAUAACGGGUUCGACCAACACCAAGAAACCCCUAGAAAGAAGAGCUUCUUGGAAGUCAUCUGUUGUCGGUGA